AUGGGUAAUGAAACUGGUGGAAGGGAGUCGCUUGGGUUCACAAAAGUGUACCAAAAAAAUUAUUUGAGAACGAAGAGGCAAAAGAGUUUAGCAUAUGGGGAGGCAGGUAGCAUUUUGCAAUAUUUUCGUGAGAAGACAUUGGAGAAUCCAUCUUUUUUUUACUCGGUCCAAUUAGAUAGUGAGGAGCAGAUUACAAACAUAUUUUGGGCCGAUGCUCAGAUGAUCAUGGAUUAUGGGCAAUUUGGUGAUGUUGUGACUUUCGACACUACUUACAAGUUAAAUAGUGCACAUAGACCAUUUGCAUCUUUCGUUGGAUUUAACCAUCAUAGGGAAACUGUUAUAUUUGGCACAACUUUGAUGUAUGAUAAGACUACUGAUUCUUUUAUAUGGCUUUUUAGAAGAUUCUAG